ACACUCACACACAAGUGUAGUUACCGUCGAGAUGCACGACACUGCGGCCAACAAAGAGGUGAGUGUCUCCUGAAAGAAAAAAAAAACUAUCUCUAUGUGUGUGUUUGCAGCGGCCAGUGCGAAGCCGUGACGAGUAGCUGUGGAUGAAAGCCAUGUCAUCAACAUGUCCACACAUCAUCAUCAUAAAGUCGGGCUGCACUUAAAGAGCACAUUGACCGCCGCUACAGCAAUUUAAAAGAAAAAAAGAAGCGACUAACACGUUUCGACCGCGGCACGACGCACCGGCGACAGAACCUGGAGAACUCUGGGAGCUCGGAGGGGGGCAGCGAGAGGGGAUAGAGCCGCUGGAGCUGUCCUCCAAAAUCCACUCUGGCCGCUCCCAAAGUUUUCAACAACACCUGGAGCCUCCGCUGUCGGAUACCAGCCAGUGGACAGCCAACAUCUUCACCAGGCUCUGACCCCCUUGAGACCCCCUCCAGGCCGGAAACUCUGCUGCCGAGACGAUCGACUGCCUUAUCCUUCAAGGGGGAGGAAGUGGCCGAGCCCCAUGGCGUUGUGCCUUGGUCAGGUGUUCAGCAAAGACAAAACCUUCAGGCCACGAAAGCGCUUCGAACCCGGCACUCAGCGCUUUGAACUGUACAAGAAGGCCCAGGCCUCGCUCAAGUCCGGCUUGGACCUGAGGAAGGUAGUGCAGCUGCCCGAGGGCGAGUGCCUCGACGACUGGAUCGCCGUGCACGUGGUGGAUUUCUUCAACAGGAUCAACCUGAUCUACGGCACGGUCAGCGAGUACUGCACCGAGCGUACCUGUCCCAUCAUGUCCGGGGGGCUGAGAUACGAGUACAGGUGGCAGGACGGGGACGACUACAGGAAACCCACCAAGCUGCCCGCUUUGAAGUACAUGAACUUGCUGAUGGACUGGAUAGAGUCGCUCAUCAACAAUGAGGACACCUUCCCCACCAGAGUAGGUGUUCCUUUCCCCAAGAAUUUCCAGCAGGUGUGCAAGAAGAUUCUGAGCCGACUCUUCAGGGUGUUUGUGCACGUUUACAUCCAUCACUUUGACAGCAUCUGCAGCAUGGGCGCCGAGGCCCACAUCAAUACCUGUUACAAACACUACUAUUUUUUCAUCUCCGAGUUCAACCUCAUCGACCACUCUGAACUUGAGCCCUUGAAAGAGAUGACCGAGAAGAUUUGCAAUUAAGAUGAAGAGAAAUGCUCACAUUCAUGGACUCAAAACAAAGCCAGUCUUUCACAUACAUGUACAGUAUUUCGAUGUGUGUGUGUGUGUGUGUGUGUGUGUGUGUGUGUGUGUGUGUGCGUGCGUGCGUGUGUGUGUGCGUGCGUGCGUGCGUGCGUGCGUGCGCAUGUUUGGGUGUGUAGUAAUGUGAAUUUUUGAAAUCCCACCACACUUUUUCAAGUGGUGUCAACCUGUGUUUGCUGAAAGGUAAAAAAUGGUGCUUGAGCUGGUUAAUAAUAAUAGUGUGAAGCUAAUUAUUUUGCAUGUAUUUAUGAUAGGUAUUUGUUUAUGUAUAUAUAU